AUGGAUCAAAAAGAAAAGGAAGGACAUCAAAAAACUGUCGAACCAGUAAAAGUUGCUUGUUUGAGCUCUUCUACAAAUUCUGACAGCGAUUUACCUAAAUACAGCGAAAUCCCAUAUUCUCAUGUUGACAAUAUGGAGAAGGGUAGUUUACGUUUACAGUCCGAUCCAGAUCCAGUUCCACCAUACUCAAGAAGACGACAUCAAGAAGCUUCUAUUGGCAUGGCGCAAGGAAACGGUCCCUCGAAUUCUUUACGGGUCUGUAAGGAGAUACUGUGGUUAAUUUUCUGGCCGGCAAAAAUUGCGAGAAUCCCGGAAGCACAGAGGAGACAAGAGAAUGAAGCUCUUCGGCUUGGUUGGUGCCUUAAUGGUUCAAUUAUAUUCAACUUUUUCUUUUCUUACAAAUACCUUGUCCCCUUUAUAAAGGAAUCAAUGAAAGAAUCUGUAUGGUUAUGGUUUCAAAUUACAGUAGCAGUUGUUCUUGUCAUCGCGACUUUCUACAUGUUCUUAUUUUUUGUUCAUGUAAGUGAAUUGGUGGAUUUGUAA